ACUGAGAUAAAUGUUUGAAAGCAUUAAGGUUAUAUUGUGAAUGUGUUAACUGCUUAACAAUUUGAGAACGUCAUUUUCUUUGAGACGUUUGUGCCUUCCUCCACGCACACUGAACUGGGGAAUGAAGCCAGGCAAAAUGAACGGUGGUUCUUGAGGUGCUGGGAGCUGGCAGUCUGGGUGCUGCUCCGUGGGAGGAGUGCUUGCCUCUCCAGGGAAAUAACUUUUGCACAUAGAUCCAACCUUCCUGGAUGGGCAGGUGGGAAAGAGGGGUUGUGCAGCUCGGGGCACGGAGGAUGGCUGUGUCGGAGUUUCUGAAGCGUGCAUUGUUAAGAUCUAUUCCUGCAGGGAACAAAGUCAAAUGGAGCAGCUGAAACAAUUUCACAACUCCCCUUUUUUUCGCACCCUGGACAUAAUUGGUGCAAUUCCAAAUAACAGGUGGCAAAGUACUCGGGGGGCUGUUGUACAUGACGGGCAUUAUCAAAACCUGUUAUGCAAACGGCAUUCCACAGGCAGUUAUAACACUUCAGGCUUGUUCGUGUGCUCCUCUCAUAAAAGCAGAAUUGCACAUAGGGAAAUGUGGGAGUGGAGGGAUUUGGGUUUUAUCUGCACUUCUGUUCAGCUGAGCCCGGGGAUCAGGGCAGAGAAGGAAUGAGUCACAUUUAUCCUGGGACACAGGUAAACCUGGUGCUGAAAAAGGAAAGGUAAACGUGUGUUGUUCAAUCCUUUCUUUGCAGCAAAGGUAGGAGCAGGUGCGGCUGCUGUGCCUUACAGCAACGGGUGCUCUGUGCGUGUGCUGCUGUGUGCUGUGCCCAGCUGCUCUCUGCCGUCCCUCUGCUCUCUCUGUGUCCAUUGAUCCUUCUCCUGGAAUUUGUUACCUGAGGGCCCUGCUUCACGCUCCCACAGUGCAUCUGGGGGGGGCCAACCCCCCUGCUUUGGGGGCUCUGCUCGCAGCCAGCCCCAGUGACUGAGCCAAAUGCAAAUGUGUCACAAUGAGCCCUCCAAUAUGCAUGACUCAUUUGAUAGGCCUCAAUAUAAUAUACACCAAUUAAAGGUCCUUAAUGACAACAACUGUGCCUGACUGUCUUCCUCAAAGCCUUCAGGAUGCUGGAGAACCCCAGGAAUUUAAAAGCACAGCCUUGACUAAUGACUGAGCCUGCUCCAGCCAAAGGCACAUCAGGCUUUGAAGAUUUGCUUUGAGCUGAUGGGGAGCAGUAUGGUGAAGCUUUUGGAAGCAACGCUCCAGCAUCUUGCCUGCAGGACAGCACAAUGCAUGCAUCUGCACACAUCCAUCUGCACAGCUGAACUCGCUGGGGCAGGUUGCUGUUUGAAUUGCUGGUGGUGGCACUGGGUUGCUUCUCUAUGACAUGGUUUGUAUUGAGGCUGCUGACUGGGAGACCAGCUGGCCUGAAAAAAAAAAGUCUGACCUCUGCCAUGUAUCAGCCUGCUCAGUUCAAUGCAUUUUUCCCAAGAGGAAAGGAGAAGCUUACCAGUUGCCCAGAUACCCCAUGAUUACGAGCCUUGUGGCAGUGCUGUGUCACUGAAUUUCCUCACUGCCUGUGUUGGAAGCUUUGUCAGAGAAAUGUGGGUCUGUUUGAGCGCAAUGGAAGCAUGUCCUUACACACCUGGCACUCUGCCCCUCUGAUGCUGUUUCCAGGUGCUAGAGAUGCUGGUGAUGUUUUCCUUGGAUACUUUCUUGGUUAUUUCAUGCAAUGUUUUCUUAACAAAAUAAGAAUAUCCCACAACUUACAGCAGAGCACGGAAUGAAGAGGCUUGUGGCUGUUUCGUAAGGACUAGAAUGAUGGAAAAGAGCAUCAGAGACUUGUGACAUCAGUUUCUAAAUAAAUGAACCAUCCAAGACUUAGUCACUGUGGGUGCCCCCUCUCUGGAGGCAUUCAAGAGCAGGCUGGGCAGGGCUGUGAGCAACCUGCUCUACCGGAAGGUGUCCCUGAACUGGAUGAUCUCUAAGAUCCCUUUCAGUACAAAUCAUUCUGUGACCUCACACAGAAGGUGGAUGUGUGGAUGCUUUGAGGAAAAAAGAGCACUUUUGUCCUAUCAUUUCCCAAUGUGUUUAGAGACUGCAGAUCUCUUCAGGUGGUGGCCCAGCACAGGGGGAGGCAUUCAGCAGUGCCUUUAGGGGCUGCAGUGGCACUGCAGGUGAAGGCAUUCUAUGCAUUCCAAAUGUGUUCAUUUUUUCUGAUGCUUUUUUUUUUUAUUAUUUAACAGAAGUUGUCCUCGAUGUUCUGAAGAGCUCUAAACCUCUUGUGGCCAAUAUAUCAGCAGAGUUGGAGACGGAUCCAGAAAGUAGUAGGCUGAAAAAGCAAUGGCCUUCUCCUGUCAUCAAAAUCUAUGAGAUCUGCUCCAGCGAGCAGCUGGGUGGGCACGUCUGCCUGCUGGAUUACUUCUGCAGGGGUCUCAUGUUGGCUGCUCCCUCACGGUCAGCUUCUGUGGCAAACCUCCACUCAUCCCACAGCGCCUCAUCUGCUGCAGGCUGCCUCUAUUGGCCACGAGCGAUGACUGGUGAGUCAUCACUGAUGGGUUGACCAUCAUGUGACAGGUUUCUUUGCUGCCCCUUCCAUUCUCUUUUGAAUUUUUUAUGGCCCAUAUCAUGAUAGUGAUGCAAAGAGGAAGAUGUUGCUCCGGUGUUGGCAGCUGUCUCCCGACAGCUGGAGCCGGCACUCUGGGUAUGGAGUGGAUGUGGAGCAUUGCUGCAGGCUGUGUGAGCGGGCAUGUGGCACUGCUGCACAGCUCAGGGCUGUUAGUGCUGCCUGAGGCAGGGCCCCUGAGCUCCCCCACGAGCUGGUGUAGCAGAUAAGCAGGCCUGGAAGAGGAAUUCUGAGCGAAAUGGAACCCAUAUGCACUUCGUAGCUGGCUCCAUCCAUCCCAUCCCACUUGUUGGUGGUGCUGGCUGCACAACAGCACUGUGAAUUCGGCAGGUGCUGCUUGUGCUGGAGCCAUUCUGGCUGCGUCACUGUGCUGUACUCAGGGCAGCCCACAGCACAGGGGGCAGCUUCUCCUCUGCCUCUUGCUGGUCCUGUACAAACUUGGGGCAUCUUCCUGGUGCUGUGCAACCACACAGAUCGCGCCUCCGCAUGACUCAUCAACGUCUGCAUCACAUGCAAACGAGGAUAAAGCAUCCGUGGUGCGCUGAGUUCUGGCAAUUGGAGAAGUUCCACUGAGGGAUGGUUGGUGUGAACUCAUCAUCGAGGGAGCAGCCCCAGCAUGGCUGUGAAUGGGACGUAUGCCUGUCAGGAUGUGGGAGAAGCCCUGCAGAAGGUUUACCUCUCCACCAUGUAUAGCCUGGAGUUCGCUUUGGGUGCCAUUGGGAACAGCGUUGUUGUGCUUGGUUAUAUCUUCUGCCUAAAGGAGUGGAAAAAUGGCAAUAUUUACCUGUUCAACUUGUCACUGUCAGAUUUGCUGUUCCUGUGCACUUUACCGGUCCUGGUGAGCAGCUACUCCCGAGGCCGAUGGAUAAGUUCGAGCAUCCUGUGCUACAGCAACAGGUUCCUGCUGCACGUCAACCUGUACACCAGCAUCCUCUUCCUUACCGUCAUCAGCAUUGACCGGUACAUGCUCAUGAGAUACCCUUUCAGAGAUCAUGCACUGCAGAAGAGGAAGACAGCCUUCAUUGUGUGCAUUGCUGUUUGGGUCCUGGUGAUACUGGAGCUGUUGCCGUUGACCUUCUUCCUGGAGACAGUGUCACCAGCCAAUAACUUCACGUGCCUCGACUACGCGAGUUCUGGGGACCCAGAGAAAAGCCUCAUCUACAGUCUGUUCCUGACGCUCUUUGGGUUCCUCAUCCCCCUUGCCGUAAUGUGCUUCUUCUAUGUGAAGAUGCUGCUUUUUCUGAAGACCUGGAAGGAGAGGAGCAGCUCUGUCCUGGCUCUUGAGAGGCCGCUCACCCUGGUGGUGCUGGCUGUCACCACCUUCUCUCUGCUCUUCACCCCAUACCAUGUGAUGCGCAAUGUCCGCCUCGCCUCCCGCAUCCCAGCCCUCAACAUGUCCAUGUGCACCCAGAGCACCAUCAACACUGCCUACAUCAUCACCCGGCCCAUCGCCUUCCUCAACAGUGCCAUCAACCCCGUGUUCUACUUCCUCAUGGGGGACAACUUCCGAGAGAUGCUGAUGGCAAAAGUAGUGCAGGUUUUGGGCAGGCUGAAAAGCACGAACAAAUGAACUGCUGGGGAGAGCUCUGGCAAUGGAACUAGGGGAAAGCUGUGUGGGAGAACAUCGGCAGCAUGCACUGCUUUAUUCUUUAGAUAGCUUUGUUCAGGCAGCAGAACACACAGGAGCUGAGUUUGUCACUGAAAGUGCCUAUUGCCAAUUUGUUUCCAGCAGGACAGAGGCAGGUCAACUGGCAGCGGGCAGCCUGACACCAAACCCAGCAUAGGGUAUGCUGUGCUCUGUUGAGAUUGCAAAUAAAAUAUCAUUGUGACGUUUUUCAGCAGGAACUUUUGUUGUCAAACAUCUUUUGUGAUCAGUGAUCUGCUAGUUGGUGCCAGGCCAGACCCGAGCCCGAGGGAAACAUGCUGGAGCUGGGUGCUGCAGGCUCCAUGCAGAGCUGCCUUUGCAUACGUGACUUCCUGGCCUGAACUACGGCUCCUGGGGGUUUUCAUUUUGGCAUGAAUAGCUGCGCCCAUUUACAUCUCCCGCCUGUUUGGGCUGGCACCAAGGAUGUGCACCAAAGGAGGUAUGCAAAAAGGUGGACAGACUCAGCCAGCAGCAAGGCUGGGAAGGUGGCUGCUUCGCCCUGUGACCGUGGGAGGGAGCAGGGCAGGGCGGUGGGCCAGGCAGGCCUUGCGUGAGCUGCACUGUGUGCAGGCAGCUUUCUUUGUGCCAUCUGACCUGGCUGCAGAACACCAGUGAUGCACUGAGGAAGUUUUCAAGUAAAAACAAAAAUGAUGCAUUUCCUUAUUCCUGCUGCUUCUUGUCAAAUCUAACUUCAAGAUGCAAGUAGAGGUUUGCUUUACUUCGGGAGAUUAUUUCUGAGAGCAGAACUUGCAGUUAUGGGCCUCCUGGCCCUUGUGCUCACAGCACUGGAAGAGAAGAAGAGCAACAAGGAGCUGGCUCUGCCUGAUCACCCCCUGCAAACCAUCACAGAGGGGAGGCAUAAGGCAGCAGCUCUGCUCUGCAGCUCCCACAGAGCCA